AUGGUUCUCAGCACAGUCGCCUUCGACAUUUCGUCGGCCUGCAUCUGCGGCACCCUCAUCCUGACCCGGUGUCUGUACCGUCUCUUCUUCACAUGCAAGGUCCAUCCCACCUGCCACCGGAGAUGGCGGGUCGACGAUGCAUAUAUGGCGUUCGCCAUCAUUCCUCUCGUGGCCCGGACGGCGACGAUUUCCACGUCUUUCAAGCUCAACCCUGACCAGCUCACGACGCCCGUGACGAUGGAGGAGGCCGAGAUGGCGAAUAUGAGCGUGGAAGACCUGACGGCGGACCGGAUUUUGUCAAGACAGCUGCUCUUGCCGGCGCGCAUUUUCUAUGCUUUAUUCUUGUGGUGUCUUAAGCUCUGCCUGCUUUCCUUCUACACACGAUUCGUGGACCCUCUGGAAUGGGGGAAGAAGGUCAUCACGACCUUGAGAUGGGUGAUUUGUCUCACCUUCAUCGCCGUCCUCAUCUCAACAGUAGCAGAAUGUCACCCUCUCCAAUUAGCCUGGAAACUGGCUUCCGCGGCAGACCGCCCUCAAUGUAGCCGAGCGCUGGUGAACCUGCUCGUAAUGGCCGUUUUCAACAUCAUAACCGACGUCGCCCUCAUCAUUCUUCCCUUUCCUAUGCUCCGCAACGUCCGACUGGAUCGAAAAUCCAAAAUCCAGCUUUCCUUCCUGUUCGGCAUCGGCUUCGUCGUCGUUGUCAUCACCAUCCUGCGCAUCCCUCUCAUCCUUAUCAACUCCGUCUCACAACAAUCACGUUCAUUGUGGGCAUCCAUCGAAACUCUCUGCGCAUGUAUAGUAGCCAACACGGCCUUCUUCUACACCCUGGUCAAGGACCUCCAGGGUCGACACAGCCACUCCAAAAACAGCUCCAACCACGUUGUGGGCGGCAACUUUUACCUACAGAGCCUGCCAUCGUCAUCAGGAUACCCCGAUGGCUCUGAACGUCCGAAGACGGCGGACGAGGGCAGCCGGCGGGGGCUACAGCCAAUAGUGUAG